AUGGUCACAACGCGCUCCUCGUCGAGGCGAGAUUUCCAGCCCGAGAGCUCCUGGCGCAUGGUCGAGGGCGUGAGCGAGAACGACAGCUUCGACACGUCCGUCUUGCACGAUGACGAGGAGUUCAUGAUUUCGGAGGGCAGCGACCCGUCCCAGCAGACGGGGUCGCAACCCUACAGCAUCGGUGGAUCCCAGCCGUGGAGUAUUGGGGGUUCGCAGGACGACAGCAUCGAGAACUUCCUCAGCAAGGCCGAGGAGGACGAGCAGGUCCUGCUGCGGUCGCCGUUCCGCCCGUCGGUCCCAAAGUCCGUGCGCCAGAGCUCCAGGGACAUGGCGAGGCAUCGCUCUCCCGAGCCGGAAUUCUACAUGCCCAAGGUCGAUGUCGAGAGCCCGAGGAGGAGGGCGAGCACCCGGUCGACAACGACCGUAAGGGCGAUUUCUCCGCCACCACCGGCGCGUGGGCUAAGGCGCCGCCAAGGAGGGACGACGGGGAGCUCCGGUGAGCAACAGCGCACCAAUAAUGACCAGAGGCCGUACACCGACGCGCGGCCAUCCUUUGGCGACCGUGUGUCUGCGUCGUUGGCCGGAGCUACGCUCGAUGCACUUUUCUGGGUCAUUGGUCUCGUUGGACUUGCACUACGCUAUGCACAGAAGCCAUUGGCGGUGCUUCUGUCCUUAUAUGUGGCCUUCGGCGGCAUCAUCUUGCUGCAGAACUUGGCGACGAAGUCUUUUUACACAGCCCUAACUCCGAUAUGUCGUAUCCCAGGAGCGUCUCUGCUAGAACUACCGUUCUGCCCGGACUUUGGCCCGGCAACGGCGGAUGGCGAAGAGCGCAAACCAGGCGUCGAGUUUGACAGCUUGAUGGACGUCCAGGAGCAGCUCGGACGGGUGGUAGAGAAGUCAGCGCACGGCGUGCCUUUGUCGAUCGAGAUGAAGCGCACGGAAGCGUCGAUCCGGGACCUGAGGAUCUUGGUCCGUUACAGCACCCUCCAGGGCAAGGACGAGCUGCUCCUGGAAUUGGAUGGUUUCGUCGACACCGUGGGGACGGUCUCCCGAGACAUUCAGAAAUUCAACGCGCGCAUCGGUUCAGCCAUCGACUGGGUUAUCAGCAUGAACCGGUGGACUUCGCGCCACCUCGACACGCUAGACGGUGGCAACGGCGAGCAACACCAGGGCGGUCUCGUCGGCGCGUGGAUAAGCCGAGUCUUCGCCCCGUUUCAGCCUGUGGUCUUCACGGAACGGCAGCUCGUCGACACGUACGUCGAGCACGCGACGCUGGUCUCGGACAAGAUCGCCAAGCUGAUCGACCAGGCGGAGGCGGUGCUGGCCACGCUCUCCAAGGCGGGAGAGCACACCGAGGCCAUCUACGAUUUCGUCGCGCGCACCCAAACAUCGGUCCGGGUCCGCAGAGACGAGAUCUUGUCCACGCUGUGGGCACUCGUGGGUGGCAGCAGAAGCCAGAUCGCGAACCUGAACCGCCAGCUGUCGCUGCUCCGACACGUCGACGCGCAGCGGUCGGACGCCAUACGACAGCUUACCGAGUUGGUCAGCGACCUGGAGAAAAUCCAGGCGGCGCUAGGUGACUUGCGGGACCGGGUCGCGGAGCCCGGCUUGGCCGGAGAACGGGCGGGCGUACCACUGAGUGUGCAUGUCGAUACGAUUAAUCGAGGUGUACACAGGCUGGAGGACGCAAGGAGCAGGAUCAGGGAGAUCGAGAAGGACCGAAUCCAGGAGGUUUUGGCUAGGGGAUCGGGGCAGGAGAAGCUGAUUGAACAGUCUUGA